AUGAAGAUUGUACAAUUGGUUCUUUCAAUUCUUCUAUUAUCAUUGAUUGUAAUGAUCAAUGUCAAUGGACAAGUAACAGAGUUACUAGUAGAUGUAUCUAAUGGAUCUUUACAAAAUUUCCAUUCAACCAAUUUUCCUCAAGAUACUCCAAUGCAACAGGAUGCAUUUUCAAUUAUUGCACAAAAUGGUAAAGGAAUUGAAAUCAGUCUAAGUGAUAUUUCAUUGGGAAAGGAUUGUUCAAAGAAUAAUAUAUCAAUCCUCGAUCAAAACCGUAAACUAUUGGAAAAGAUUUGUUGUUCUACCAAAAAGAGUUUCAAGAGACGAUACGGUAAGCUUAGUUCUUUAAAUGUUGUUAUUAAUGGUCCAGGUGGAAAGUUUAUUGGUACUGCCAAACAGGUUUAA